AAUCACUCUAAUGUGAAUAUUUAUUUUUAAAAGAUUUGCAGCAAUCAUUUUAUAACACCAGUAACCAGCAAGUCAUUGUUUUUAUGGGAAUUCCCAUAACAGAGGUGAAUCUUUGCUAAGGCUCUAUUAUUGUUUCAAGAAAAUAUCCUUGCGAUUGCAACCUUAGCAGUUGUUGUACGGAAGAAAGAAGGAUACAAAAUGGAAGUAUUGCAAAUUAACACUAUUGCAACAGAGCCGUACCAAGGCCAGAAACCAGGCACCAGCGGAUUGCGGAAGACAGUCAAGGAGUUCCAGAAACCCAACUACACGGAGAACUUUGUCCAGAGCAUUAUCUCCACAGUGGCCGCAUCGGCCAAAUUGGACGGAGCGCUGUUGAUUGUUGGUGGGGAUGGGCGAUAUUAUUGCCAGGAUGCCGUUCGGAUUAUCGCAAAGAUUUGCGCAGCCCACAAGGUCGGGAAACUGAUAAUUGGGCAGAAUGGGAUCUUUUCAACGCCCGCUGUUUCAAAUUUGAUUCGCAAGACGAAGGCUUUAGGUGGGAUCAUCCUGACGGCUUCUCACAAUCCCGGCGGCCCGAAUGCGGACUUUGGCAUCAAGUACAAUAUAUCUAACGGAGGGCCUGCUCCCGAUGGAUUCACAAAUAAAAUCUACGAAUACACCAAAACGAUUCGUGCGUACAACAUGGUCAAUAAUCUCAAUGUCGAACUGGAGCGACUGGGAACGCAGAAGUUCUUGGUGGAGGGUUUGCCGUUCGAAGUGGAGAUUAUCGACUCGGUGGCGGACUACGCGGCACUCAUGCGAGAACUGUUUGACUUUAACAAGAUUCGCGAACUUCUCCAGGGCACUGGACCACACCCGGCACCUUUUCAGGUGUUUUUCGAUUCACUGCAUGGUGUUACCGGCCCGUAUGUGCGACGCAUUUUCUGUAUGGAAUUGAGUGCACCGGAAAGCAGUGCGUCUAAUGCGGAACCUCUGCCGGAUUUCGGCGGCGAGCAUCCGGAUCCCAAUCUGACAUAUGCGCAUAAGUUGGUGGAGAAAAUGAAAGAGGGCAUUUAUGAUUUUGGAGCUGCAUUCGAUGGCGAUGGUGAUCGCAAUAUGAUUCUUGGGAAGAAUGGCUUUUUCGUAACUCCUUCGGAUUCUCUAGCCGUGUUGGCUGCCAAUGCUCACUUUAUUCCAUAUUUUCAAAAGAAUGGAUUGAAAGGAUUUGCGCGCAGUAUGCCUACAGCUGGAGCGAUUGACCGUGUGUCCGAGUCCAUGGCUAAAGAAUUUUUCGAAGUGCCCACUGGAUGGAAGUAUUUCGGAAAUCUGAUGGACGCGGGCCGGCUUUCGCUGUGCGGAGAAGAAAGUUUUGGCACUGGCUCUGACCACAUUCGUGAAAAAGAUGGAGUAUGGACUGCCAUAGCGUGGUUGUCGAUCCUGGCUAACAAACCCGGCGAAAGCGUGGAAUCGAUUGUCGUCGACCACUGGACUAAAUUUGGACGAAACUUUUUCACUCGAUAUGAUUACGAAAACUGCGAAGAUGCCGGCGCAAAAGCGAUGAUGGAUCAUUUGAAUGCGCUUGUGAAGGAUCCAGCGCUGACUGGAAAAAGCUACGCCGACGGCGACAAAACUUUUACUGUGGCUAAGGCGGAUAAUUUUUCAUAUAAGGAUCCGGUGGACGGAUCUGUCAGUGAGAAUCAGGGUAUCCGUGUCGUUUUCAAAGACGGCUCACGUAUCGUCUUCCGCAUCAGUGGUACCGGAAGUACAGGAUCUACUAUUCGCCUUUACGGCGAUUGCUACGAACCAGACCAAGUGAAGCAAAAAAUGGACGCCGGAUUCAUACUGAAACCAUUGAUCAAUGUGGCACUGGCAAUGUCGAAACUAACUCACUUUACCGGUCGUGAUGCACCUACGGUGAUUACAUAGAAGAAAGUUAUGUAUGACACGAAUUACAUAGGCAAAAGUUAAUUUGUUUAGCUCAGUCUCAUAUCAUGUUCUGUCUUUAUUGCAUGUUUGCUAAGUACUUUAAUGGUUUGAAAUUGAUGGUCGACAAUUCAUAGUCUUCGCUGCCGGUUGUGGGUCUGAAACUACAGUAAGUAAAUGAUUGACUACUUGCUUGAAAAAACAAGACUUCAGC